AGGACUCACUUCCUGUUUUUAGCCCUUGGUGGACUCGUGGAUAGCAGUCCAGGUGAUAUUGUGAUAUUACAAGUUAAAAUAAUGAAUAUCCUCAAUCCCUGGAAGAAACUGGUGUCACCGGCAUUCAAAAGUGUCUUAAUAGAGCAAACUGGUGUUUUUAGAGGCGUCUGUUCGCUCCCCAAAGCUCGUUGUCUCAGUCCGUGUUUACCUCGACGUUUUACAGCUAAUGUUUCCUCAUGUCAGCGUUGGCGUCGUGUAACGUUGAACACCAGCCACUUAGACACAAAAAGGUUUUAUUCCGAGAUAAGUAAUGAAAGCAGUGAUUCAAAGAGCAGCACUGACGUGUUUCAAGAGGAGUCUCAUGAGCUGGACAGUGACAGCAGUCAAAGAUCUUCUGUGAAGUUCUCUCUUGAUGUGCUGGUGUCUCUGCUGCGUCAGGAAAACGCAGUGGACAUAUGUGUGAUUAAAGUACCGGAGCAGAUCAAAUACGCAGAGUACUUCAUUGUCGUCAGUGGUGUAUCACCAAGACACCUCCGUGCAAUGGCACUUUAUGCCAUCAAAGUGUACAAGUUUCUGAAGAAAACAGGAGAGCAAAAUGUCAAAAUUGAAGGAAAGGAUGCAGAAGACUGGAUGUGUAUUGACUUUGGGAAUAUGGUUGUCCACUUCAUGCUACCAGAGACCAGAGAUGUGUAUGAACUGGAGAAACUCUGGACUCUCCGCAACUUUGAUGAUCAGCUGAAGAGCAUCCCUUCUGAGACGCUACCAGAGGACUACAUAUAUGAUGUUGAAGUCACAAAGUGACAAGACAAGACAAGUUGUGCACAGAAUAUACUACAUGUACUGCUCUGAAUGCAUAACUUACUAACUUUGAAUGCAUCCUCUCUUUCCCCUGUGAGUAGAAAGGUGUACAAUAACGGUGUGAAUUAUUUUUGAGACUGCUAAAGAAAAUAUGUGUUUUAACAUAUUCUGAUGGAUAAAAUAAAUGAUUUUAAUAACA